AUUAUUCUUAAAUAUAAAGUUUUGAGCUGAAAAGUUCAGAUGUACACUGUGAUUAUUCCCUAGCAUACUAAACCCUUGAACAUACUUGAGCAAUGAGUUUAAAUUAAGUAAACCAGUGCUGAGCUUUGCAGUCAAUGGGUCUCCCUUGUUUAUUGACUUUCUUUAGGAAGGGCCUAAAAUCAAUGUGUAAAAACUUUCUGAAGUUUAUGUUCAGUUCUUCUGUUGCUUGCCUUUUUAGUGAUUGCUUUGUCAUCCUUGCACUGGUGUACUACCAUCAUUCUUACUGUUUUGUAGAACAACUCCUGUCUGACUUAUUUUAUAAACUUUUAAGACAGACUGAUCUUAGAGUUGAUUGUAUAGCUUUUAUGGGAGGUAAGAAGUAAAGCAAAUCAAGUAUCCAACUGACAGCUUGUGUGGUCUUCGUAGCAUCUAAAGUCGCUGAUUUCAGAUGCAGUGAAGACUAGGCAAGCUUUUAGCAGGAAUUUCAAAGAUAAACGGGCAUGCUGAGUUAAACUCUGGUUUGAUUAGAAAUACUACCAUCUGAAUGGAAAGCAGAUUGAAGGGUUGUGCUCGUGAAAAGGGAUGGUGAUAAAACUUGGAUCACCACAGGUUUCUGUUUGAAUACUAUGUAAAGAUGAAGCAGAAGACGUGCUUCACUUUAGCUUACUAGAGGCUUCAAGUGGUUGGAGUGUGUGCGUGUAGGGGGGGUUACCCUGGACACUCAUUCUUGUGUCAUCCUUUUGCCUCCACUUCUGGUUCCCAUCCUAAUUCGGUAAAAAACCAAUGCUCAGAAAAGAAAUCUUUCUCCAAAAUCUGGUAAGAGAUUGGGAUUUUCCCUCCCUAUAAUGUUGAAAAUGUUUGUUGCCAUAGUAUGAAUUUACAAGGAAAAAUAAGCUUGAAGCCAGCUGCAGUUCCAUUCCAGGUUUUCAGUGCACAAUUUCACAAUAUGCAUAACUUGUUCAAACUGUGGACCAGGACUUUCCAAAGAAGUAGCCAUGCUCUCCUACUUGUUUCUACUGGUAACUGAUUCUUAGUAUUGUAAAAGGGAUCAGACCUCUGACGAUACAAGCAUAAACAGAGAAAUAGAGGUAUUAAUGUACUACAGGCAUAUUAAAUUGAGGGGUUCCUUAUCUGUACUCUAGAGUUAAAGGUAUUGUUUUAACAUCUUCACUUUCCUUCCUCUGGACAUAGCAUAAGCUUUAGUAUGUAGGGUUUGUUUUCAUUUAUUGACACUAUCUAUGCAAAUAUUUACAUAUUUAAUCAGAAGCAGAAAUCCUUCAGUGAAUACUCAUCUAUCUGCAGCAUGAUAUAAGGAAAAGCUUUUCCACCUUUAGGACAGUAAACUAUUGGAUCAGGUUGCCCAGAGAGGUUAUGCAGUCUCCAUCCUGAGAUGUUCAAGACCCAACUGGAUAAAGCCCUGAGCAACCUGGUCUGAUCUCAUAGCUGACCUGGCUUUGAUUAAGGGACUGGAUUAGAGAUCUCCUGAGAUCCAGCCUGAAUUAUUGCCAAAACCGCAUUGUUUCAAUUGUGGUUCUGAAGACCAUCAAAUGAAAGAUUGCCCAAAGCCACGAAAUGCAGCUCGUAUAAAUGAGAAGAGAAAGGAGUUUAUGGAAGCUUGUGGUGAAGCGAGCAAUCAGAAUUUUCAGCAGCGUUAUCAUGCAGAAGAAGUAGAAGAGAGGUUUGGAAAAUUUAAACCAGGAGUAAUUAGUGGGGAACUUCAAGAUGCACUUGGUGUCACAGAUAAAAGUCUUCCUCCAUUUAUAUAUCGCAUGCGUCAGCUGGGUUAUCCUCCAGGCUGGCUCAGGGAGGCUGAAAUGGAGUACUCGGGACUUGCGCUUUACGAUGGAAAAGGUGAUGGUGGAACGGAAGAUGAAGGGUCUCACCAAACAAAACGCACCACUUACGAUGUCUCUAAGUUGAUAAACUAUCCGGGCUUUAAUAUAUCCACUCCAAGUGGGAUCCCAGAUGAAUGGCAGAUAUUUGGUUCCAUCCCCAUGCAGCCAUCUCAACAGAAGGAUGUUUUUGCUAACUACCUUUCAAAUUUUCAUGCGCCAACUCCAAAAUCUAGCAAUAAAAGGGCUGCAUCUCAGUCAAGGUCUCAUCAUUCUAAACGACCAAAAGAUGACAAUCUGGAGGUACCAGCAGCUGACAUGGACCUAGAUUCUGACCUGGAAGUGUCACAAAGAUCUCAAACUCACAACAGUUUUCAGUUCCAACCUCCGCUGCCACCUGGACAUCCAUCGCUGUCAACUCCUCCUCCUUUACCACGAGGAACACCUCCACUAAAUCUUACACCACCUCAACCUUCAACACCCACGCGCCCUCCUCUUCCUAGGACUACUCCACCAUUGAAUCCUUCCAGUGAUAUUCCUCAGCCAAAAAUAGUGGACUCGAUAAUGGAUGAGGAUACUCUGACCUUGGAAGAGCUAGAGGAACAGCAGCGAUUAAUCUGGGCAGCAUUAGAGCAGGCAGAAAGCACAAACAGUGACUCUGAGAUUCCUGUUGAUACACCUUUAACUGGAAAUUCUGUUACAUCAUCACCAUCUAGGAAUGAAGUAGAUCUUGUUGCAGAAGUAAGAUCAUCUGAUAAGGUGAUUACAGUGGAAACUAGGUUUUCCAACAUCAGUGAACAGAUAACAGAAAAUGAACGUUCUAUAACUAGUCCUAAUCCAGGAGACAGUUUACUUAAUUUCAAGGAAAAUCCUGAUAAUACAGAUUCUGAAGGCUUGCUGGAUAACACCAUGACUGCUCCCAACCCUGAGGUUAAUGAUGGAGAAAAUACAGGCAGUAAUAAAGUGGUAACAAGCACUGAAUCAUCUGCAAAAAACUCCAGUCUUGUUCCUGAUAUGAGCAAGUUUGCUGCAGGCAUAACACCAUUUGAAUUUGAAAAUAUGGCAGAAUCAACAGGUGUUUAUCUACGAAUAAGAAGCGUGUUAAAAAAUUCCCCAAGAAACCAGCAAAAGAAAAAGACUUAGUCUUAACUAGUCUUCCUUUGUUUCUUAUGUCCAAAUCCCUGUUUCCUUCUCUUUCCUCCUCCAAUUUUACAAACUCAGAUAACCUUCUUUAUCCUUUUGUGGGAAGGAGAAAAUCUUGACAAAUAACAGCUCUGCCCUGUUUUUCUUUGGAACUGAAGUCAGUGCAGGGCUUCCAUAUUGACCAGGACCACCAAUGCAGCCAGAAAAUACAGAACUUUCCCAGAUUGCAUCCUUCCACUGAGGAAUAAUAGGACUGUUGAUUUGUUAAGAGCAAUUUACUUGCCAAUACAUGAAACAAUAAAAAGAGGAGUUUGUGUUUUGCUGUUCAUUACUUUGGCUAAGAUUUAUAUUGUCCUUGAGUUUCAGGUGGAUUGGUGAUUUUUUUAAUAUCUGUCCUUUGUACAGUAAUCUAUACUUUAUACAUUUUGCUAAUUAUCCUGUAGAUAAGUUUAAUAUAUUCAGAAUGUUUUUAAAAAGGUCUAACAUAAAGAUUUCCCACAUCAUCAAAAUCCUGACAAUUGGAUGAAAAUAAUCAGGGAUUACCAGCAUUAUCUUCACCAUUUCAAAUAUUUUUAUAAAUUAUUUAUGUGGGUCAGUUUUAAUUACCACUGUAUCUUUUGUAACAUCAUCCUUCAUGUAAACUUGCUGUACAUACAUGUUCAUUGUUGUGUACAGAUGUUUAAUAAAUGAGCUUUUAUAUAAA